AUCACAGGUCCUGUACUCCACUACUGUAUCUAGCUUCUGGCUUCCGUCUCCGGGCUAGCCCCGCCUCCUGGUGACGUAUGAUAUUAUUGCCGGAGCUGUCAUGGCGGCUCAGAAGAUCAAUGAAGGUUUAGAGCAUCUGGCUAAAGCAGAGAAAUGUUUGAAAACCGGCUUUUUAAAGUGGAAACCGGACUAUGACAGUGCAGCUUCUGAAUAUUCAAAGGCAGCUGUUGCUUUUAAGAAUGCUAAACAGUAUGACCAGGCCAAAGAUGCCUUUUUAAGGGAGGCUGAAGCUUAUGUGAACAACAAAGCUCUAUUCCAUGCGGCCAAAGCCUAUGAACAAGCAGGAAUGAUGCUGAAGGAGAUGCAGAGUCUUCCAGAAGCCGUCCACUUGAUAGAAAAAGCCAGCAUGAUGUUUCUGGAGAAUGGAACCCCAGACACUGCUGCUAUGGCAUUGGAGCGGGCUGGCAAGCUCAUAGAAAAUGUCAAUUUGGAAAAAGCUGUCAAUUUAUAUCAGCAAUCUGCAUCUGUCUUUGAGAAUGAAGAACGUUUACGUCAAGCAGUGGAACUACUAGGAAAGGCUUCAAGACUUCUAGUGAGAGCUCGCCGGCUAGAUGAGGCUUUAGUAUCCAUUCAAAAAGAAAAGAAUAUGUACAAAGAAAUAGAAAAUUAUCCUACAUGUUAUAAGAAAACAAUUGCCCAAGUGUUAGUUCAUCUUCAUAGAAAUGACUAUGUCGCUGCUGAGAAGUGUGUCAGAGAAAGUUACAGUAUUCCAGGUUUCAGUGGAAGUGAGGACUGUACUGCGCUGGAACAGCUUCUAGAAGCAUAUGAUCAGCAAGACCAGGACCAGGCUUAUGACAUUUGCAACUCUCCUCUUUUUAAAUACAUGGAUAAUGAUUAUGCCAAGCUGGCUCUGAGCUUAAGUGUUCCAGGAGGUGGCACCAAAAAGAAAUCUCCAGCGGCCUCACAGAACGGUGUAUCACAACCAGCACAGGGCAGCUCUAAGGUGGAAGAAGAAGAUGAUGAAUAUGCUGGAGGCCUCUGUUAAGAUGACCUGUUAUUGUCCUAGCUACAUCAAGUCCAUCCCUUAUGUCUACAACAUACACCACAGCAGAUAUAAUAUGAGAUAUUUAAUGAUUUGCUUUGUUUCAUGGCAUUUUUGUGAAAAAAGAAUCUCUACUUCUACCACAUUCUAUCUGUACAAGAGCUACACUGAUGAAAAUAUUUAAGAAUAUGAAUAUGGAUCAAUAUAUUCCCUAUGUUGCACAGUUAUCCUUUGUAUCUAAUAAUAUAAUGGUAGCAUGUAACUUUACUUUGUCAUGACUGGUUGUUUGAGUUUACUUCUCAUGUUUGUACAAAUAUGUUUUCUUGUAAAUUACUGAAAGUAAUUGUGACAUGGCUAUUAAAUAUAUUUAUAAUUCAA